GGGAAGUAAAAGAUGACGUUUCCACCAACGAGGAUGUAGGCGCCACACAGCAAAGACUGGCCCUUUUCGGUCUCUACCAAGUGCAGUGUGGGACUGUACACAAGAUGGCGGACUGGGAGACCGCGCCAGCUGUGGCUGAGACACCAGAGAUCAAGUUGUUUGGGAAAUGGAGCACAGAUGAUGUUCAGAUCAAUGACAUCUCUCUACAGGACUAUAUUGCCGUGAAGGAGAAGUACGCCAAGUACCUCCCACACUCUGGGGGGCGCUAUGCUGCUAAACGCUUUCGUAAAGCACAGUGCCCCAUCGUGGAGCGUCUGACCAACUCCAUGAUGAUGCAUGGCCGUAACAAUGGCAAGAAGCUGAUGACAGUGCGCAUCGUUAAGCACGCAUUCGAGAUCAUCCACCUGCUGACUGGCGAGAACCCACUGCAGGUGCUGGUGAAUGCCAUCAUCAACAGUGGCCCCCGUGAGGACUCUACCCGUAUCGGCCGUGCUGGUACAGUAAGGCGACAAGCUGUGGAUGUGUCCCCGCUUCGCAGGGUCAACCAGGCCAUCUGGCUGCUGUGUACGGGGGCGAGAGAGGCUGCUUUCAGGAACAUUAAAACCAUUGCUGAAUGUUUGGCAGAUGAGCUCAUCAACGCUGCAAAGGGUUCAUCAAACUCCUAUGCCAUCAAGAAAAAGGAUGAGCUGGAGAGAGUGGCCAAAUCCAACCGUUAAAAUAUCUGUUGCUUUCUACAAAAGGAUGAAAUAAAUUUUAAACAAACUUCA